CUCUCCUCACUUGAAGACGGUUGUUUCCGUGGGUUGGACUCGCUUACUUUCUUGGACCUGUCGUACAACCGCCUGUCCACGCUGGAGCUGCCGGUGCUCGGCGGUCUGCAGAUUGAGGCCAACCUCACACAUAACCCCUGGCACUGUGACUGCAGGAUGGAGAUGUCCAUGCCUCAGUUGGAUCUGGACCUGACCUCACUAGCAGAAGUUGUCUGUGCAACCUCUGAUCUCCCAAACCUCGGAGCUGUCGGGAUACCACUGGUUGUGCUGAUGGAGGACUGGGAUCUGUGUUUGUCUGUGAGGAGAACCACUGAUGUGGUGACACUCGUCACCAUGUUCCUCUGGCUCUUCAUGCUCAUCUGCUACCUGGCCUACUACAUCCGCCAGAACCAGGCGGUCACACGCCGAAACCUGGAGUACCUGAAGUUACUGGAGAGCAAAAAUCCUUAUAAACCCAAAAAGACAGCUUCAUGAUGACCUUUUGGAAUUCCUGAAUGCCUGUCUAGAGUUACCCACAGCUGUGUUUUCCCUCAAAGACAUCCGUAAUGACUUCCAGAGCAAUUUCUUUGCCCACAGGUGCCCACGGGACUCCGGGUACCUUCUGAUCAGUUGCUCCCCUCCAAAAGUUACAAAAGCAGAUAAAGGACUCCUUAAUGAUGCAAUGCAAUACCCCACUGACACUCAGCAUCUCUAAGGAACCACAAAGCUUCUCUAGAACGUGGUCAUGUACUUCUAGGUCUUCCUCUGAGAACCCUGUAACCUUCUGAAGCACGUCUUCAAAGUGUCCUGUGAAAGAUUUCUACAACAUAUUCAAGUCCUCCUAGAACCUUCUCAGUCUCUUCACAAGCCCAUGAGCCCUUCACAAGGACUCUUAAACUUUCCUGUGACUUCCUUAUAGAGACUGUUUGUUCUCCUAGAUCGAUGUGAUCU